AGAACAGCAACAAACGAUACAGUAAACAUGACGCUGCCAAGCUGCAACUGCACCUCGUUGUCCGGUCCUUCGCUUCCUUAUCUUGAUGCGCUGAACAUCUGUUCGCUGCCGCCAUUUCUCUUCCGCGUGCUUUGCUUGUUCUUACGUUCCCUGUUGCAAUCUUGAGUACCCGUUUGAGUUUCUGCAACACUCAGUAGUGAAUUAGAGUACUGUACGAGAUUCUUCAGGCAGGAAACCCAAGGCUCCCUAUUUCAGGGAAGAAUCCCCAUUAGGCCCGAAUAUAGUCGAAUAAAAAUCCCCAAAAGGCCCGAAUGGCUUCCAUCUGGUGCCUCUCAGUUUCAACAGGCAUACCUUUCGGAUAAGAACAGCAGUGUCCCAUCCAUUGCCUCUCUCGUAAACCGAGUCGCAGAACGAAACGAUCAUAAUGUCAGACAGGCCGUUGUAGUGGCCGUCAUACGGGUCAUAACGUAGUAGUAGCGACACCAAAGUUUCGUUAGGAACAUCCUCGCUCGAUUAUCUUACCUCGACAAGCCCUUAUUCCGGCGAGCCGCAUCACGUCAUUGCGUCGCCUCACUACGCGUCCUGUUACACAACCUUAUCUCAUAAUAAACAUCUCCGAUUCCCCCCAUGGACGGCGCUUCGUACGGCCGGGGUUACGGCGGGGCGAAUGCGGAGUUUUAUCUACCGAAUUAUAGGCUAGGCAAGACGCUCGGUAUAGGCUCCUUCGGUAAGGUGAAAGUGGCGGAGCAUGUACUGACGGGGCAUAAAGUGGCGAUUAAGAUCCUCAACCGGAAAAAGAUCCGAUCCAUGGACAUGGACGAGAAAGUGAAGCGCGAGAUCAAAAUCCUGCGGCUGUUCAUGCAUCCGCACAUCAUCCGGCAGUACGAGGUGAUCGAGACCCCAACGGACAUCUUCGUGGUGAUGGAGUACGUCAAGUGCGGCGAGCUCUUCGACUACAUCGUCGAGAAGGGCCGCCUGGCCGAGGACGAGGCUCGGAAAUUCUUCCAGCAGAUCAUCAGUGGGGUGGAGUACUGCCACCGCAACAUGGUGGUGCACCGGGACUUAAAGCCCGAGAACCUGCUGCUGGACGCCAAGGGCAACAUCAAGAUCGCGGACUUCGGGCUCAGCAACGUGAUGCGCGACGGGCACUUCCUAAAGACGUCCUGUGGCAGCCCCAACUACGCUGCUCCAGAGGUCAUUUCCGGCAAGCUAUAUGCGGGGCCAGAGGUGGACGUGUGGAGUUCAGGCGUCAUUCUGUACGCGCUGCUGUGUGGCAGCCUGCCGUUUGACGAUGAGAACAUCCCUAGCCUCUUCAAGAAGAUCAAGGGCGGCAUCUACACCAUCCCCGGCAACCUCUCUUCUGGAGCGCGCGACCUCAUUCCGCGCAUGCUGCUGGUGGACCCCCUGCUUCGCAUCACCAUCCCCGAGAUCCGCCAGCACCCCUGGUUCUGCGCCAAGCUGCCGCGCUACCUGGCUGUGCCGCCCCCAGACACAGUGGAACAAGCCAAACGGAUAGACCAAGACGUGAUGGGAGCAGUGGUGAAGAUGGGGUUUGACCAGCACCAGCUCACAGAGGCGCUCAGAAACAGACAAGCCACCAAGGCCACAGUGGCAUACUACCUCAUGCUGGACAACAGGAGCCGCAUAGCAGCAGGCUAUUUGGGGUUUGAGAUAGAAGAGAUCAAACAACGGUCCCACGGGCACCUGAUGGAGCUGGCAGCAGCGGGUGCGCGUGACUCGCACGCGCCGUCACACGCCAUCCAGCAGCGGCGAUCUGUGGGGGGCAACGCGGCUACCAUGGCCAUGGGCAUGCAUGGGGGCAUGGGCAGUGGGGGAGUGGGCGGAGGUAUGAUGGGGGGCUCUCCCGUGCACCACCACUGCCGAGUCGUGGCCGAGCGGAAAUGGGCUCUUGGGCUGCAGUCUCGAGCUCAACCAGUGGACAUAAUGUCAGAGGUGCUGCGGGCGCUGCACGCGCUCCACGUGCGAUGGAAGAAGAGCGGCAAUCACACCGUUCGAUGCCGCUGGGAAGCCCCUCCCCCCUCGCGCCCCCUACAAAUACACACUGACACGGGUCAGCCCCAGACCGCAGCCGCAGCCGCAGUAGGAGCAGCUCCAGGAGCAGCGAUGGGAAUGGGUGCAGGCGUGGGCUGGGAGUCAAAGGGCGCGAAAGUUGCUCCGGAAAUGGAUACAGAAGCGGGCUUGGGCUUGGGCAUGGGUAUUGGUGAGGGUGUGGGAAUGUGUAGAGAGGGACAGUGCUGCUCGGAAGCUCUUCCUGGUAGUGCGGCUGGUUGUGAUGGGAGCCGUGGUCGCGAUGGUGGUGGUGGUAGCGGUGGUGGUGGUGAUAGUGGUGGUGGUGGUAGCGGUGGUGGUGGUGAUGGUGUGGUGGGUGGGGAGAGGGGACGCAAUAGAGGGAUGGAGAUGGAAGGGUGGCAGGGUAGCUCUGAUACCAGUGCAAGGUGUGGGGGAACUGGGGAGUGGGAGAAGGCUCAGUCGCAGCAGAAACAGCAGCAGGAGCAGCAGGAGCAGCAGCAGGAGAAGCAGAGGCAGCAGCAGGAGCAGCGGGCGACAGAGGCUCUGUGGUCUGGGGAGCUGAGGAGAGUCCUCCGAUUCGAAAUGCAGCUGAUGCGGGUGCGGGAGGACAAGUACCUGCUGGACCUGCAGCAUGUGGACGGCUCUCACAUGCUCUUUAUCGACCUCGUUGCGCUGUUUCUUGCCGAGCUUCACGUUGUGUAACCGGCACAUGACACGAGCGCAUGCACAGGCACGGGCUCAUGCACAUGCACAACCACAUGCACAUGCACAUGCACAACCAGAAGCUGGUGCGCAAGCAUGGAUGUUGUGUGUCUCAACAAGGAGGCCACACUGUCUGUCAAUGCUGCUGCUGCUGCUGACACUAGCCAAGCCAACGCUCUGAAGUACCGGUAACAUUUGCUUAGACGAACACACACAAUGGCACGCGACCUGCUGGUUUGCUGCCAAGGUUGCCAUGUGCAUGGGGAGAACCCCCAGCCAUUUUCCAGGGCAUGCAGCACAGUCCCAUUCCAUGCCUUUCGUAACUGCGUGGUUAUGCUUCUCCCUGAUGUAAAUACUGCUCCUGCAUCCUAGCGCUGCUUCUCGGUGGACAUGCUAUCAUAGGGUUGGUGACUCGGGUUCAAUUCCCAGUGCUAGCGCUGCAGAGGCGCUCGUGUCUUCCACCUAUCCUAGCGAGGGGGGGUGUCGAGUGACCCGCCGGGGGUUACCCUUGAGAAGAUCCUCGGGGAAGGGCCACAGGUGCAAAGACUGGGGGGUUAUGGGCGCACUGACCCACUAUUAACAAGCCUUUUUAACUCUGGUUAGUGGUGACUUGAGGUUCUAACUGUGAGUCGACAAUGCUGCACAGCGAAACACUUGGUCAAGAG